AUUUAGGGUAUAUGCCCAGAGACAACUCACUCAUGGAGCAAAGCGAAGACUACAGAAAACAUGCUACCUGCCACGCCUCUAGGUGGCGAUGAAAAUGUAUAUUUGGAGAAACAAAUGACCCUUAUUCAGCUGGGAAAAAAAGCAUUUUAAUUUCUUUCCAGCUUGGUUUGUGUUUUACAAUCUUAACGAAAGUGUACAUUUGGUAGGACAUACAAUGUGUUAAAUCAGCAUCCCCCCCCCCCCCCCUUCAUUCUAUAAUUACAAACAAUCUUUUUCCGACUUUUAUUUUGAAGAAAAUUACGAAUGACGGCCAUGAAUGAACUUCAGAAAAUAAACUUUCUUGCAGGUUCAUGGUGGUAAAGGGGCUGAAUGAUCUCCGUGCAGAAUAUGUUAGCAAUUAGGUUAUAACGUUGCUUAAAGAAUUAUACUGAUACACGGUGUCUGUGCUACAGAUAGAUAACACACGCUAUUUUUCUUUCAGCUGUAUCCGAAAUUUUGUUUGCUAGCAGAAAAUGUGGAGACAUGGAUCGUUACAAAAUCUUGCUUUUGGUCGCUGUGCCCGCAUAUGGCAUGUAUGCAAUCUGUGCAAGCUUAUGUAAGUCAUACAGACGGAGCAAAUGUGUCGUUUUCGAAACCAGGAGAGCCCUUCCGUGUUACCUAUACCUUUACGUUAGGUGUAAAAUAAAGGCGUUCCGCAAACGGAAAGGUCAGUUGUAUGCUCACAGGGACAAACCUGUUAACCCCACGUUUACUAUUCUCAACUGCAGGCUAAAGGUGAAUGAUCUACGAUGGUACUGCUGGGCCACUGGAUAUGGUUGGGACUACCCAGACAGUGUCUUCAGGGACAUCCCACUGUGUUUCUGUGAUGUCCUUUGUGGUCGGUUGAUGGCGAUGGUAAUAACUUCAGAUGAUUUCAGAUUAAGCCCUCAAGGUCUUUGCCCUGUCCGCCAAACCAUGAGGAAAUUUGAGCCCAUAGAUGAGUUGAGGAGAGCCUCUUUCCGUCUGGAGGCAGGGGUGGCUGAGUACAGGCUUGUUGACUGCGGUGUGGAGGUGGAUAUUUGGUUUAAGGCCUUGAGAGCUGAUCAUCCAGUAUGGGAGAGUGUUGUGACCAUGCUCUCCCCUAGAGAUUUUCCAGUGUUGAAUGUCCAGAGCCUGUCCAAUGGUGUAGAUGGGGCUGUUGAAAUGAAGUCACUGGAGAUCAGUGUGCCACUGUUUGCUGGUCUUAAGUCGGUGUGGGCCUUCUGUGAUGUCUCCUUGAAGAACCUUCUUGUUUUUCCAUCAACAUUGGGGGUUAUGGGACGUUUCACAGUUCACGGUCUAUGGAUGAUGUCCCAGUGUCUGGCUGAGAUUGAGAAACACAAAGGGGCUGAUGCAGUACGAGCUCCACUGUCUGUGUCUGUCCAGUUCAAGCAGCCUCUGGUGUUACCAAGGAAGGUUGUCAUCCGUUUUUGGGAAGCCACAGAUGAGAGCUGUCAACAGCCUAGGAAUGUGUGCAGGUUUCAGCUAGAAGAUUACAGCAGAGGAACCUGCUACAUCCUGGGACAAGUGAUCAGGGAACCUGACUGAAGUGAUGAAAGUGGAUAGCUAAAAAUGACCCUCAUUGUUGUAGAAAUGUAAGAUUGUGUACUAGUACUGAUGUUUUUAAGGUGUUGGUGACAUUUUAAAUAAAGUGUUUUUCCUAUAAUGAA